AUGACAGCCCCAGCAGCUGCAGCCCCUGAAACGGCCACCGCAGCAGCAGCAGCUCCAGGAGCAGCCGCCCCAGCAGCAGCAGCCCCGGGAGCAGCCGCCCCAGCAGCAGCCACUGGAGCAGCCGCCCCAGCAGCAGCUGCCUCUGAAGCGGCCACCCCAGCAGCAGCAGCCCCUGGAGCCACUGCUACUGCAGCAGCCACCCCACCAGUAGCAGCACGUGGAGCAGCAGCAGCAGCAGCAGCCCCAGCAGCUGCAGCCCCUGAAACGGCCACCGCAGCAGCAGCAGGUCCAGGAGCCGCCGCCCCAGCAGCAGCCCCUGGGGCCGCCCCAGUAGCAGCAGCCCCGGGAGCAGCCGCCCCAGCAGCUGCUGCCUCUGGAGCGGCCACCCCAGCAGCAGCAGCUUGUGGAGCAGCCGCCCCAGCAGCAGCAGCCCCGGGAGCAGCCGCCCCAGCAGCAGCAGCCCCUGGAGCCGCUCCAGCAGCAGCAGCCCCGGGAGCAGCCGCCCCAGCAGCAGCAGCCCCGGGAGCAGCCGCCCCAGCAGCAGCCACUGGAGCAGCCGCCCCAGCAGCAGCUGCCUCUGAAGCGGCCACCCCAGCAGCAGCAGCCCCUGGAGCCGCUGCUACUGCAGCAGUCACCCCACCAGCAGCAGCACGUGGAGCAGCAGCAGCUACAGCCGCCCCAGCAGCAGCCCCAGCAGCGGCAGCCACUGGAGCAGCCGCACCAGCAGCAGCCGCCCCUGGCCCCUGCAGCAGCCGCUCAUGGACCAGGUGCAGCCGUGGGGGGUGA